AAAGCACAACCAAACCACCAACAGGCGCAUCCAAGAAGUUGACAGCAGCGACAUAAAAUCAUAAACUACCCAAUUGGACUCACUACAAUAUAUAUUUACCGAUAAUUUCAUACGCAUGAGCAUCAACCCAUCGAUUCGACAAACUUCACAUCAGCAUGGACAACAUCGCCCAACCCCAAGGGCAACUACAGCUCCAAUCCCAAAUGGACAUCGACAUCCAUGAACCCUUUACAACCGCCGAACACAUUCAGCAGCUCAGCAACAUCGACAAUGACAUCGUCUCCCUUCUCGAACUAACCUCCAACGCCCUCCGCUGCCUCGCCUCCCCACCACCUACAUCAUCCGACACCCAGAACCAAACCGAAGCCGAACAACAAAAACAACAAGCACAAGACCAAGAAGACGCAACAACCCGCUUCACCCAAAUCCAAUCCACCUUCCUCUCCACCCUCGACCGCGUCGAUAAGCAACUCCGUCGACAAAUCUACGCCAUGGAAGAAGCAGGCAUCAUCAACCUCCGCUCUUCCUCCUCCAACUCCAAUCCCAAUAACCCCGACGACGACGCCAAGAUCGAGACGCACCGCGGCGCCAAGUGGGUGCGGCCCGUGGUGGCACGACUGGACCCGGACGGUGUAGGGAGGUAUGGGAAUCUGGAUGUAGGGAGGAUGAAUAUGGCGAUUGAUACCGUGGAGAGGGAUAUGGAACGGGAGCUGUGGCUGAGGGCGAGGGAGCAUGCGGAGAGGGUGGUGAAGGAGAAAGGAGUUCCUGCUGCUGGUGUUGGGCCGCUUGGUGCAGGUGGUGUGAUUAAGAAGGAGGAGGCAGGAGCGGAUCGGAUGGAUGAGGAUUAGAGGUCACGUCCCCUUUUUGGUGCUGGUGAUGCUGGUGGUGGUCCACCGGUGGUUAAUGAGGAUUAGAGGUCCGGUUCCCUUGGGGCUGGUGGCUCUGAGGGCGCGGUUGUUCUAGAGGCAGGAUCAGCAGAGGG